UUAAACGGGUUCACAUUGACAGCGCGUGAGUGAGAGAGAGAGAGAGAGAGAGACAGAGUGAGAGGGAGAGAGAAAAGAAAGGAAAAGAAAAGAAAAGAAAGAAAGAGUUAUAAUCGGUAAUAAGUCGUCAUGUUUAUGCUGAGUGCCAGGCUGGUUAAAGCGCGCGCGUUAGCCGUUACAGCGCAGCGCGCGUGCAGCAGUAACAGUAACAUGCCGGUGGUGUUUAUGGAGCUCGCGGCGGAAACUGAGCCUCUGGGGAGAGUCACCUUCCAGCUGAACGCAGACAUCGUUCCAAAAACAGCAGAGAAUUUCCGAGCUCUCUGUACAGGAGAACAUGGUUUUGGAUACAAAGGCUCCAUCUUCCACAGAGUCAUCCCACAAUUCAUGUGUCAGGGCGGUGAUUUUACUCAUCAUAACGGUACAGGAGGGAAGUCGAUCUACGGCCCGCGGUUUCCUGAUGAGAACUUCGUACUGAAACACACCGGGCCUGGUAUUCUGUCUAUGGCCAACGCAGGACCAAACACCAAUGGUUCCCAGUUCUUCAUCUGCACUGUAAAAACUGAGUGGUUGGACGGGAGGCACGUGGUGUUCGGCAGUGUGAAGGAGGGGUUGGAGGUGGUGAAGAAGGUGGAAGCGCUCGGCUCUCGCUCUGGAAAAACCUCCAAGCGGAUCAUCAUCACCGACUGUGGAGAAAUCAAAUAACACACACACACACACACACACACACACACACACUCGGAUCUCAUCACAGCGAGCACUUAUCUAACACAUACACACACACGCGCACACACAACGAGGUCUCAGGUUCAGUGUGUGUUUAAUAAAGAACACAUCAGCAUUGAGAACACGAGCCAAAACCACGGACCUCGUUCCAAUACAGUUUAUAACACACCCUCGUUCACUUCCCCUCCCUCCUGCCCCUCCCUCCUGCCCCUCCCUCCUGCCCCUCCCUCCUGCCCCCGUUAAAUCCGAAGUUUAUUUCCUCGUAAAAAGAUGUCAAACCUGUUCAGGUUGGGUUUUAUUCCUCCGAACAUAAUUAGCUAAUUAACUUUAAAUAACAUCUCCAAAAAGAAAAGAAAAAAAAAAAUAGCUAGCUAAUUCUAAUAGAAAAGCCAUAAGAUAGUUUGGUUUAGGGAUCAAAAUCCUGUAUGAGCUCUGGCUAGUUUUGUUUGUGGAUUUAUGCAAAAAAAAAAAAAAAAUCCCCAAAUAAUACUAGCUAGCUAGCUUUAGAGAAGAAACAGAAUUAGCUCGCUAGCGUGAGCACUGUGAGGUUUUGUGUUGUACGCUGUAUUGAAACGCGGGGAAACGUCUUUGAGUUUUGGAACAAGAGCAAUAAAGCAGAUUAGCGUGGGAUUAAUUUACUGCAAUAAUGUAGCCUGUGAAUUCUGGAUCUGAGCCGAGUCUGGAUUAAAUGAGUCUGGAUUAAAUGAGUCUGGAUUAAAUGAGUCUGGAUUAGUUAAAUCUGGGUCAGUGAAGUGGUCAGGUCUGGAGUUUCUGUAUUAAUGUGAAUGUUGUAUAUCUGUGUUUCCUGAAGCCGAUCCACAGGGACCCCUCCAUUUUAGCUCCUCCCACACCUGUACAAGUGGGCGGAGCCCUGAGUGAGAUUGGCGUGAGACACUGGUGUACGUUUUUAGAUAAAAGAUUUAAUUUCAGAUACUGUUACAGUGUAAAGGUUUGUAAAGUCUCUAAACUGUAUAAAAGAGAAGAGAGGGAACUCUGAACACCAGCGUGGUGCAACAUUUCAGUGUGUUUGUGUGUUUAUUGUGUCACUGUGUGUUGGGUGUGUUUGAGAUAAAUGUGGUGUUUAAUCUGGACUGUUGGAGCUGGACUUUAACUCUGAAAUAAACGACAUUAAAAAGCUAA